UCCUAAUACUAGAAAAGCCUAUCAAAGAAGUCAUAAUAAUAGUUGGUUUGUAAUAAAAGAUUUGAACAUGAAUACUACUUUGGAACUUCAUCAAAACUUAAUUCUCGCUUGUGACAAUAUAGAUCAACUAUUAUUAGCACCAUUGGAUGGUUAUAUUUGCUUGCGAGGAAAGGAUCAAAAUGAUCUGUCUACGUGGUUACCUUUAUUAGUUGGUUGGACAGUAUAUACUAAAUGUGCUAGGAAGCAUUUUAAAUUAUCUAUAGAACAAUCAAAUAAUAUUCUUGUUUAUUCAUGGAAUGAAUAUUAUGACGAUAAAUUUAAUACUAUUAAAGCUCAUGGACAAGAUAAAGCAUUAUUUUAUUCUUUGCGUAAAAAAUAUAAUCUUGAUAAAAAUUAUUUAUUUAGUCAUGUAUUAGGAAUUGCUGAGCCAGAAAUAGCUACAGAAUUAUGUAAUAUUGUUAAGUUAAAACGAGCAAGUGCUGAAAUUGAAGCUAUUUUUAACGAAAAUAAUGAAUCUGAUCUAAUAAUUCAACAUGGAAUUCAAUUAACACGUUCAGGUAUUCCACUAUCUUCCAAAAGCAGUUUGGUAUUAUUAAUUAAAUAUAACAAAACUCAGCAACAACUUUAUCAAUCACGGCGACAAAUUAAAAGAAUUAAAGCCUCAAAAUUUGUACGAUCUGAAGUUAUUGAAUCAUAUACACACAAUUCAGAUAAAUUACGUUUAGAUGUUCAAAAUGUGAUAAGCAAUACAAACUUCGGAUUUGUCAUUUUAGUUAAUACUGAACAAUAUAUUACUUUAAUAUAUACACAACCAUGCUCUAAUUGUAGUGAUUUUAAUUAUUCAAACUAUUCUUGUUCUUUAUCAAAAUCUGGAUUUUUAGUUAAAUGUGAAAUUUUAUGUCAAAAGUGUAAUACAAUUACUGAAUCAUCAAAUCAAAGUGAAAAUGAAAACUUAUCAAAAUAUGUAUUAGCAGCAGCUUUAGCUGGUGGAAUAAAUCAAAAUACGUUACAGACUGUAUUAGCAUGUAUUGGUAUUACUGCUCAAGCGGAUAAAACAACAUAUUUUGAUCAUCAAACACGUAUAUCACAAUCAAUUAUUAAUCAUAUGAAGCAAAGUACUAAAAAUGCUUUAAAUGAUGUUAUUAACUAUUUAUUACCAAAUGCUAAUUCGAAUGAACCUACUUAUCUUUCAAUUGGAUUUGAUGUUUCUUGGUCCCAUUCUAGAAAUGCUAAACAAGCAAACAUUUUUGAAAAUGAACGUAUUGAACUUUUAGGAUUUGAUUUUGAUAAG